AUGACCUUUUCCGCCGCUCCCGAAGCCGUCCGAAGGCACGUCGCCUCGCCGCCUCCGCCGCAGUUUCGAGCGCGCGGCCGUCGUUUGAUGUCCAUCGCGCCCGUCGCGUCCCCCGUUCUCGCCACUCUUCGCGUCGCCGCAUCCACCCGCGAGUCGCCCUCGCCCGCACGCCGCGUCGCGCCCGCCAGGUCGCGCGUCGUCGAACGCGUCGUCGUCAGAUCCAGAGCCGUCCCCUCCGAUACCACCGCCGCGUCCGCCAUGUCCGCCGACGUUCCAUCUCUCAGGCUCAUCUACUUCGACGUCAUGGCAAAGGGCUUGCAGGUCACCAUGGUCGCGCACCACUCCGGCCUCAGUUGGGAGGGCAAGCCCGAGGGCUUCGCGUGGAGGGACGGGCCCAACGCCAUGAAGCCCAAGGGCGUCGCCCCGUUCGGCCAGCUCCCGCUCCUCUUCGUCGGCGGCGACGACACCGCCCCGGUGGCGCAGGCCACCGCCAUCGCCGCGGUCAUCGGCAAGCUCGCCGGCACCGACGGCGCCGAGAAUAUGAACGACUUCGCGAUGUCCUCCAUGCUCGUCGCCGAGGCGGAGGACAUCUACGCCGCGCUGCAGAAGGGCCAACCGACGCUGUACGCCAAGAUUGGCUCGGGAGUCAAGACGGAACAGACGCACGAGGAGCUCUGGACCACGUCGCUGCCGCACCACCUCGGAUGCCUCGAGAAGCUCUGCGACGAAAACGGCGGGUUCACGUCCACCGGGGUGACGUGCGGCGAGAUGUUCCUCUGGGGCGUGCUCCAUCAGGUGGUGCUCCUCGCCAAGGCGUUCGCGUUUGAAGGCAGGCCCAAACUCGCGGCGUACUACGAGAGGAUCGCGUCUAUGGAGCGCACGGUGGAGGUGCUGGAAGGUAAGUCACCCGCGGGUUCCAUGGCGCAGUACUUCGUCGCCGGGCCCAUCCACUGA